AUGAAACCACCGACUGCCUUGAACCCACCGAGAGCAACCAACGACAUCAACAAGCAAACCCCACAAGCCCACAAGCAACAAGCAUCGAUUGACAACCACCAUCCACCGACUGCACCCAAACCCAAACCAACCCAACUCCCGACAGCCAAGCACCUACUGUCCACUGCUUGCAACGGCUACCCACAAGCAACAACAACAGCAACCAACGACAUCAACAAGCAAACCCCACUGCAUAAGCCCAGCCCGUGUCUAGCCCACAGUCCUGCCCACAAGCCCAACGACAACAAUCAGCCCAAACCCCACUGCCCACAAGCCCAACAACCACUGCCCACAAGCCCAACAACCAUUGCCCACAAGCCCAACGACAAACACCCAGACCAGCCCCACUGUCCAAACCCAAACCCAAACCCAAUAUACCACAGACAAGCCCACAACCCAUUAUCCCUACUGCCCACUGUUGGGUCACUUACCACAGACCAGUCCACUCAUUGGUCCACUAUCGGGUCGCAAUUUUUUCUUGAAUCCUCGUCUCCGUUGAUAUGCUCUUGA